AUGGCUUCUAAUAAAUUAAACAAAUUUGUUUCAAAAGAAAAUGAUGGAAAAGAAAUUAACCAGUUGGAUCAAAAGAUUCGUGAAAAAAGACCUGGAUUGAACAAAAAAAAAAUCAUUUUUCACCAGGACAAUGCACAUGCUCAUACGUGCUUGACUUCUUUAUCAAAAAUUUCAAGUUUGAGAUAUGAAUUAUUGCCAAAUCCAUCCUAUUCUUCAGAUUUAGCUUUAUCUGACUUUUAUUUGUUUUCUAGAUUUGAAAUAUUUUUAAGUCGAAGGCGAUUUUCAUCAAUUGAAAAGCUUCAAAAGACCGUAGAUGACUAUUCUGAAAGCUUUGAAGAAAAUCACUUUAAAAAGGGUAUAGAAGCUAUGGAAUCUAGAUGGAAAAAAUGCAUUAAGCCUGAAGAGGAUAACGUCGAAUAA